AUGCUAGAGCAAGAUAUUGCAGGUCGCCAAAGCAGUCUAAACACUAUGAAUGAAAAAGUGAAGAAGUUCAUGGAAACAGCAGAUCCAUCCACUGCAUCAUCACUGCAAGCUAAAAUGAGUGAGCUUGCAGGACGGUUUUCUGAAGCAAGUAAUAAGCACAAAGAAAAACUUGCAAAAAUGGAGGAGUUGAAGACUAAAGUGGAGUUGUUUGAAGAUCUGUCAGGAAAACUUCAGACAUUUCUAGAUGAGAAAAAUGAGGCUUUCAUUGAGACCGAGGCACUGAGAAAGGAUGUUAGUGAAGUCUCUCAGUAUAUGCAGGAGGCUAGCAUAGAAUUGGCACAACAUAAGAAAGAUCUGGAAGUUCUGCAGCAGCUUCUUGAAGAACUUUCCCUGCAUGCUCUUCCUGGGGAUAAAGCUGUGGUACUAGAAAAAGUAACUGCUUUGUCAAAGAAAUUCAGAGAGGUAGAGGAGACGUUAAAGGAAAA